AUACAGUUAAAGAAGUUACGUGAGUUGUAAAGAAGAAAUACGAUAUUCGUCGUAAGUUAGAAGCUGAAAAGUUAAAAGAAAAUUGCAAUUUGCAAAUAUUUGAAGUUACAAGUUUAAACAAUUUUCAAGAUUUUCGUAAUUCGUCAUUUCGCUAAAAUUACAAUUAUCGUUCCGAAGAAAUAUCACUUGAAAUUUGCGCUAGUAAGUACUAAAAUAAAAUGUACAAUCGAAUAUGAUGUCCAAAGAAGAAUCAGUUCUUGCGGUGUCACACGGAGUACGCGGUUCGAGUACAUUUUGUUCCCCGUCGCGGUAGGGCGACCUGCGGUGCCGAACUUGCUGCGCUACGGUCUUCAACGCGCUGCGAGUAUCCGAACGUGAGCGGGGCAACGACCGCUGCCGUCCUCAACCGUCAGAACUGUCAGCGGCGCAUGGUUUUGUUUGUGAUUGAAAUUUUUCGCGGCGUUUCAUAGGCGGGCGUUUAACAUGUAAAUUGUGUAAAUUUUGUUAAGUUCAUAGUUGGAUAAGCUGGAAGAUUGUAGUACGAGUGCUUUAUACAAAUUUGUAAAUAUAUAUAGGUGCAAAAUGGCUCAGUUGAAAGAACUAAAAGCCAAUCGUGGCUACUUCAAAGGCGCCAUCAGUCGCAUUGAAACAUUUUGCACCUCGGAUGAUUUUUCAACAUCAUCAAUUGAAGUGCUCACUCAAAAAAAAGAGAGAUUAAUUAAGGCCUUCGGCGACUACGAGUCUUGUAAUCGAGCUAUCUUAGCUACAGAGCCAGACGAUAGCGAAUCUUACGAAGCAUACGAGACUAAGUAUGAUUUAUGCCUAGCGAUGAUUAAUACGCGUUUAAAACCUGUGACACAGACUAUUAGCCAUGGCACUGCAUCUUCCGAGCUAGAAUCAGAAAAAAGAGCAAUCGCAUUGGAAGCCACAACAACAGAGGAGCCUAAGAAGCCGGUGAGAUCUGCUGUGAGUGCAGCAGCUGUUACUGGAGUUUCAUGUAAGUAUUGCCAAGAUUCUCAUAAAAUAUAUCAAUGUGCCAAGUUUAAGUUGCUCUCUUAUAAGGAGCGAUGUGAGUUUGUGGAUACAAACAAUUUGUGUAAAUUGUGUCUCAAUGGUCAUCGAGGUAGGUGUUUGUUGAGAUUAAAAUGUGCAACAUGUCAUGAAUUACACAAUACUCUGUUGCAUUCGACAAAUAAAGGUAAGGUAACUAAUGUUUCCUUGACUGAUGAACCCUCUCAGAAUGUAAAUAAUAAUUCUAAGUCUGAUGAUUGUUGUCUGCCUACCGACUCAUCCAUAAAUGUGAGUUUGUCUGCUAGACCUAGGAAUGCAAGUGUAUUGCUUCCGACAAUAAUUGUGAAUUUGAAGAAAAAAGAUGGUACAUUUAUUCGUGCUAGAGCUCUUCUAGACUCAUGCUCACAGGUACAUUUUGUUAGUGAGAAGCUGAUCAAGGAAGUAGGCAUUUGUACAUAUAAUUCUGAUGAGGUAGUGACUGGUGUGUGUGAAAGAGAUAAUAAUAUUGCACAAAAAGCGGAUUUAGUUGUUUUUUCUACUGUAGGUGACUUUAAAGUCAAUGUGUCAUGCUGUGUGACUGGGAAGAUUACUUGUGCCCUUCCGCAGCAAACAUUUGACACUUCUCAGUUCAAUAUUCCAUCUUAUGCUCAGUUGGCUGAUGAGAAGUUCAAUGAAUCAAGUGAGAAUUCACUAUUAUUAGGAGCCGACGUCUUUUUCCUGGCGUUCCAGUAUGUGUGCCGACAGCUGACACCUGUGGGUCCGUAUUUGGUGAAGACAAGAUUUGGUCAUAUAGUAGGCGGGAGGCUGCCCUUCCCUGCAGGCAAGAAGUCGAUAAGUAACUAUUGUGUUACAUCUAAAGGUAAUCCUUUUGAUUUUAAUGUAGUGGAGGAUGAUUUACAACCACCCUUCUCAUGUGUCAAACAAGGUGAGGUUUGUUUGCUGUCAAAUGAUUCUCAACCUUCUGAAAACAUUGUUGAUAUAAUGUCUAAAUUUUGGAAGUGUGAAAAGGUACCUGAUAUCAUUAAGGAAACAGGUACAGAGGCUGAGCAGGCUGAACAGAUUUUUCAAGAGUCUGUCCAAUUAGAAGAUGAAAGAUUCACAGUAGCCUUGCCUGUGAAGGUUGAGUUGGAUAAGUUAGAUUUAGGUGAUUCUUUCAGUAGCGCCUUGCAACGAUUUUUCAAUUUAGAAAAGCGGUUUUCGCGGGAUUUAGAGUUGAGUCAAAAAUAUAAAAAGUUCAUACAUGAUUAUAUUGAGCAAGGUCAUGCCAAAUAUUUUGACAUGUCUAAUUAUGAUUUAGGUGCUGGUAAUGUCAUGUUUCUGCCACACCACCCUGUAAUUAGCUCCAGUAAAACGACGCAAGAAAAGUAUACGAAGCGUCAGAUGCUUAGUUUUAUAAGAAAAUUUUUUGAUCCUUUAGGAUUGUGUGGCCUUGUGUUAAUGUAGGCAAAGAUAUUGAUGCAGCAGGUUUGGUUUGAAUCGUUAAAAUGGGAUGAGUUUUUACCCCAAGGUGUUAAUAAAAAAUGGGUUUACCUUGCAAAUAGUUUAGUUCAAAUGUCAUGCAUCUCGAUAGCUAGAAAUAUCAAUGUUCAAGGAGUGCAAUCGUUAGAAUUAGUGGGAUUUUCUGAUGCUUCUAAUGCUGCUCACGGGUGUUGUUUGUACUUACGUGUAAUUGAUGCUGACAACAAGGUUUCGGUGAAUCUUUUGUGCUCAAAAUCGCGCAUCAAUUCCAAGAAUAAAUGCCCUGCUACUUGCUAUUCUAGCUCGGAAGGUGUAUACUGCUCUUUUCUUAAAAUACACAGUGAGUACUCAUCUUUACUGUGACUCCAUGAUUUUGCUAGCUUGGUUAAAAACAUUGCCGGUAUAGCGUAACAUGUACGUAGGUAACAGAGUUGAUAAAAUUCAUAAGCUUACCUCUGGCUUUGAAUGGCAUUAUGACAACUGAUACU